AUAAUAUACAACGAUACGUGUGCAUACUCAAAAAUUAUAUAGAUAACACACACAGUAUCAUAUUUUUCGUACAGUCGUGUAUACGUGUGUGUGAGCCUAUCCGUAUUGUUUUUAGUUUUUUUACAUUUUUACCCACACUUUGUAUAUAUACCGUUUAUGUGGGUGUGUGUGGAUCUGAGUGAGCGAGUGUGUGUGUGUGUGUGUGUGUGUGUGUGAGUAUGUGUGUAUUAUCCGAUCGUAAUAAUAAAAAAAUACAAAUUACAAAUUGAAAUUUAUAUUAUCACUUGAUAGGUGCUCGUGCAAGUUGUGUAGGUUGUGUUUGUGUUUUAGGGGUUCGAUUUUGGGCGAGUCGGUUAAAAUAAAACGUUAUUUAAACAGCAUACCAAUCACCUGUAUCGAUCCGGUGACAGAUAUUAUUAUUAAAGUGAGUACCUAUUGAAUUUCCGGCGUCCGCUUUUUGAUGUACUCGAUCACUUGUUGAUCAGAGCACCGUGACGAGACCUAAUUUUUCCAGUGUUUCGUGUUGAUAACUUUGAAAGUAGAUACGUAUUUACACAAAAGUGCUUCGCAUAAUUAUCAUUUAAGAAAUAUUUUUACUGAGUUAAUAGUAAAUUUAAAAUUGAACAUUUUUCGAUAUUUUGAUUUAACCAUUUGAGGUACACAUUGUUUUUUAAAAUUUUUUUUCUUGGAAAAUAUUUAAACUUAAUAUUUUAUAUUACAUAUUAAAAGAAAAGAAAAAUAGGUGGUUUCACUAUAAUACCACAAUGCCUCAAAGGGUUAAGUACUGAUAUUCUUACAUUUUUUUGCUUAAGAUAAUAUAUAUUGGUAUUUUAAUAACUAAUUACUUUUUUCUUUCAUAUUUAAAACUAAUUUUACAGUUAUUCAGUUCAAAUAUUUCACAAAUAUGUUUUAUAAGCUGUAACAGAUUAUACCUUUAAAUAAUUAUAAUUUUUAUUUAUAUUAUAGAAGGUUAAAAUCUUAAAUUUUAUUUUCAUUAAUAUAUUUAUUCUUUCUGUAUUUUAUACAAUCUUGAGAUUAAUUUGUAGCAAUUCUCCACUAUUUAUUUUUUCAGACGAAUAUGAUUAUAUUUUUCUAUGCAUUAUUUUUACCAAACAGCAAUGUAAGUUUUUAAAUACAUAUGUAUUGUUAUUAGAUGACUAAUUUGAUGGUAUGAUACUAUCACUGGAAGUUCACACAAAAAUACUGCUAUGGUUAUUGUAACUCGAGUAUGUUUGAAUAAUAUUGUAUUGUUUUUAUUUAGUUUAUUAAUGUUCAAAUAUAUUUAAGGGUGAUUAUAUUUGGAUAGAACCAAUUUCUGGAAGGGAAUUUGAUGUUGCAAUCGGAGCUAGAGUUACUUCAGCUGAAGGAAAACGUAUACAAGUUAUCGAUGACGAUGGACGGGUAUUUGUUUUACUAUUAAAUAUAAAAUUGUACAGUAGGUCAUUUGAUUAAAAAAAAUUAAGAGUGAUCAAUACCAGUAGUUACUAAUAAUAUAUUUACAUAUAUUAAAUUGUGGUAAUAUUUUUUUUAAAUUGAAAUGAAGUAAUUAAUUCACAAUAUUAGAGAUGAUAGUUAAUAUUUAAAAUAUGACUAAUUAUAUAAUAUUCUUAAAAGUCUAGUUUUGUAUAAUCUUAUGUUGUAAUUAUAAUAAAGCUAUAUGAUUUUAAACUUUAAAUCUUAAUAGUAAAUUUUAUUUUUAAUUAUCAGGAACUAUGGCUUACGCCUGAGAGGCGAAUUAAAGCAAUGCAUCCUACUUCAAUUCAUGGAGUGGAAGAUAUGAUAUCAUUAGGUGAUUUGCACGAAGCAGGGAUAUUGAGAAAUUUACUUAUUAGAUACAAUGAAAAUUUAAUAUAUGUAAGUUUGUAAUCUAGGUAUAAAUCAUGUUAGUUUAUAAACCAGUAUCAAAACUAUAAAAUGUCUUGUUAAAAAUAAUAUUCUUUGAAUAAUUUUUUUUACUAUGGUAUUAAAUUGCAUGAUGUUAAAAACCACAAGCAUUUUUUAUUUAUUUAUAUUUUAUUUUUUAUUUACUACUUGAAGUUAAAUUUACUGUUAAACUUGAAAGUAGUGGUGAAUUAAUUUGUAAUUUGAGCAAUUUUAACACUUAUCUUUUAACAAUAUUUAAUAAAAUUUGUUUUUCUAGACUUAUACUGGAUCAAUUUUGGUGGCAGUUAAUCCAUAUCAAAUUUUACCUAUAUACACAGCUGAACAAGUAAAAUUAUAUAAAGAUAGAAAAAUAGGCGAAUUACCUCCUCAUAUUUUUGCCAUUGGUGAUAAUAGUUAUACACAUAUGAAAAGAUUUGGCCAAGACCAAUGUAUAGUUAUCAGGUAAGGUAUGAUCAAUUAAAAAAAAAAAAAAAAAUUAAUGGUUAAUUUUUUAGUGGUGAGAGUGGAGCAGGAAAAACUGAAAGUACAAAGUUAAUUUUACAAUACUUAGCAGCUAUUAGUGGUAAACAUUCUUGGAUUGAACAACAAAUAUUAGAAGCAAAUCCUAUUCUAGAAGGUAACUACUAGUGUUUUUUUUUUGAAUAUUACCACUGAAACAGAUUUAGUUUAACCACCUCCUAUGAUUUUUAAUUUUUUUCAACACUAAUUCUGAAAAUAUUUGAAUUUUUGUGAAAAUUAAUAUGAAAGAAAUUAUGGCAAACACAGAAUAAUAUCAUAUUCUGUGUGCUAUAAAGUCUCAUUUUUAAUAGAAAUAUUUUUAACGUUAUGUUGUUUUUCAGUAAGUAUAGUGCACAGAACAAUUCAAUAAAUUGUUGAGUUGUAUAUUAAUUUAUUAUGUUUUGUUUGUAUAUUUUUUUGCUCUAACAUUACUGGUUGUUAGUAAUAUACCAGAAAGAACUUUUACUAAAUUGACAAUUAUUAAAACUAAAAUUUGUAGUACCAUGUGUAAAAGUACACUUGAAAAUUUAAUGAUCCUUUCAUAUGAAAAUGAUAUUAAAAUUGACACAGAUACUAAUUAAUAUAUUUGCCAAUAACAGUAACAUAAUAUUUGAAAAUAAAUUAAUAUAUUAAUUUCUAUUUGUUUACUUUUAAGUGUGCAUAAAUGUAAUUAUUAAGCCUUAUAAUAUAAUUCUCUUUAACAGCUACCCGAAAACCAAUAUUUUAUUUAAAUUAACAUUCCAUACUUUAAUAUUAAAUUUCAUAAGUUGAAGAUUAAAUAAAAAAAAUACCGACAUAUUUCGAUAAAAUAUUCUUUAAAAAUCCUAAUAAAAUAUGCAAAAUAUAUUCUUUUAUAUAAAUAUAUUUUUUUAAAUUAAAAUUAUGUUUUUAUAUGUGAAUAAUAAAAUACAAAAUAAAAAUCUAAUAUAAAUAGGUAUAUAAUAAAAGGUAAUACAGCUUAGAAAAAACUUAGCAUUUUAUUUAUUUAAUUUAAUUAGAUUAUUAAUGUAUUUUUAAUUAAAAGAGUUGACAAUUAUAUUUUGUUCCAUAUGUUCUAGUGUCAUAUUUGUAGGAUAGUUAGUUGAAAUAUUUUUUACAGUACUGAAAGAAUUUUGUCAACUGAAGUCAUAGGAGCACACAAAAUAUCGAAAACCAAUUAAUAUAUUUUCUAAUAAUCUUUAUUACGUUAGAUAUUAUUUUAUCUUUAAUAUUCAAAACAAAACUUUUGUCAUUGAUUUAUUUCAUGAUUUGUAUAGAAUGUGAACCCCUAUCUGACUGCAUACUCAAAAAAAAUAUGUGUAAAUAUAUAAUUUCGGCUUCUAGUUAUAAUAAUUAACUAAGUUAGACAAUUCUAGUUAAGUGAGUGUGUGGGCAAAGCCCCUUCUGGUUUGUUGUUGAAAACGAUUUGGUUGGUGUGUGGUAUUUAUCCAUUUAAUAUGCUACUCCUAUUUGUUUUUGAUUGUGUGCCACUGGGUGCAAUCGGAAUUUUUUGGGAACAAUUUUUCAGCAGUUUGAAUAUAAGUUCCUAAUAUACAGAACUAACAAUUGCAGAGAAGGUAAUACCAGUUACUUGCCUUAUAUUUCUAAUCUGAUACUUGAUCUGAUACUCUACUCUGCAAGGAGAAUUGUGUUUUAGAUGUAAAACUAAAUUUCACUAAAGGAGGUUAGACCAUAGGCCAUCUCAAUUUGCUUGUUUUAUGAGCUCAUGUCAAACUUGAUUAAAGUGACUUGGUGAUUACAUUGUUGUUUUUAUUUAAUAAUUUUAUGUAUAUAUUAAUAAAAAAAGAAUUAAAAAUCUAUAUAAUAUUACAUAAUAAUAUAUAACGUCGAAAUAUUGUAAUUUUGAAAUUAUGAUUAUUGAAAUUAUUAUAGUACCAUCAUAUUUUUGGUACAUAAAUACACAUUUAAAAAAAAAAAAAAAUUCAAGAGGUUCCAAAUGUGUAUACCUUAUUUUUUAUUAUGAAGUAUAGAAAAAUGAUUUUAUAUUUAUUGACAAUCAAAGAACACAGUAAUAUUAUACAAAUAUACUUAUUAUGUAUUUCUAUCAAUACUUAGGACAAUUUAAAAACAAUUUUUCUUUUUUAUCAAUUCUUAUUAUUAAAUUAUACAAUACUGGCAAAUUAGGUUUUUAGAUUCAGAGUGUAGCUAAGGGUCUAUUGGUUUUAAUAUGGAUGUGUUUCUUUUCCUGUCUGAACAAUUUUUCUACCAGAAAUAUUGCUCCAAUCCAAAAAUGACAAGAGAUCGAUUUUGGUCCUUAUAAUAUUUUACCACUGACCACUGUUUUUCAAUAUCCAAAAGUUGUUUUUUAAUAAUUAGGAAAAACCAAAAAAUUAAAAUUGAUUAAUUCUGGUUUCAUUAGUACAAUAUGUUCAACUUGUUUUAUAGCAGAAAUAUUACUCCAAUUGAAAAAUGAUAAAAGAUUGAUUUUGUUUCUUUUAACAUAUGUCGAAGAAUGUAGUUUUUUAGAUACCUAUUUAUAGUAUUUUUCAAAAUAAUUAGGAAAAAUCAUAAAAGAUGACAUUUUUUUCAAAUUAAAGCACGAUUUUAUUAUUUUAAAUUUUUACAGCUUAUGUUUUCUACCAUAAACAUUUAAAUAUAUCUUUUGAUGACAGUUCAUCUAAUAUUGUUGAUCUGAAUGAGUUCACUUAAUCCCAAAAUUACUUUUGGUCCUGAAGAUAUUCCACCAUUAAUUUUAUGUAAUUGUAGAUUUUCCCUUUUUUUUAUUGUUUAAACAGUCAUUAUCUACAGGUUGUUUUCCUACUUUAUGGAAAUCAAGUUUUAUUUAACCGAUAUCUAAAUUGAGGAAUAUGUCCGAUAUAAAAAACUACUAAUCAAUAUCUAUCAUCUCGGCUAUACUUAAAUUCUUCGAAUAUUUGAUAGCACCCAAAAUUAAUUCAUUGUUCAAAAAUUAUUUUAUUAAUGAACAUCAUGGUUUUAAGCAAUGUAGAUCUACCUUCACUAAUUUAGUAACUUUUCACUUGUUCCUUCUUGAUUCUGUUGAAGCGGGUGUACAAUUGGAUGUAAUCUAUACUGAUCUUCAAAAGGCAUUUGAUAGCGUUAAUCAUAAUUUAUUAUUGUUCAAAUUGAGACAUUUUGGCAUUUUGAAUCCUCUUAUUCUGGUUUGAUUCAUAUAUUAGUUCUUGUACUCAAACAUUGAAGAUCUAUAAUUAUUACUGAUCCCCAAUUGCAAUACAUCUGAUGUUCCCCAAGGCGAACACUUGUCUCUUUGGUUAUUUAAUAUUUUUAUUUAUGAUGUUUCUCAAUGCUUCCCUAAUUGAACAUUUUUGUUAUUUUCUGACAGUUUAAAAUUAUUUAAAAACCGUUCUCGGAUUGUGAGAUACUACAGAAAUGUUUAGAUAACUUAUUUGUGGUAUUUAAAUAAUAAUUUAUCUACAAAUAUUAAAAAAUGUAACAUGACACCAUUUACUUGAUGUCGGUGCCGCAAUAAUUUUGCUUAUAUAAUUAACUCCUUUUGUCUAUCAUCUGUUCUUAUAAUUAAAGACCUCGGUGUUAUGUUUUCUUCAAAUCUUUCUUUUAUGACUAUAUUUACUUUUUCUGUAAAAAAUCUUCAUGUAUACUUGGUUUUAUUACUGGUGAUACAAAUGAGUUUUCUAAUAUUAAAACUUUUAUUAUCUUAUACAAUUCAUUUGUUAGAUCAGUUCUUGACUAUGGUUUAAUUAUUUGGUUACCUUAUCAUAAUAACUUUAUUGAAAGAUUAAACAAGAUCCAAAAAAAAUUCCUAUCUACACUUCUUUUUCGCUGUAGGCUUAGGUUAAAUAUUAUUUUACUAUCUAAUAGAUGACAGAAUUAUACUAUAGCGGUUAUCUAUAAGUUACACAAUGGUUCAAUUGAUGCUCUCAAUUUAGUUAGUAAAAUCUCUUUAAUAGUACCAUUAUUUAAGAUGAGAACCCCUACAACAUUUACAUUUAAUUUUCACACAAUGAAUUAUCAUUCCACAGUCCCUAUUGACUGUGUACUACGCACCUUAAAUAAUGCUAAUAAUAUUGAUAUUUUUCAUGAUACAUUUCAAAUUUACAAAAAUUACCAUAAGUAUUAUGUAGUUAAGACUAAGUUCUCUGUGUUCUCUUUUCCUUGCUUCUUUUGUAAUGGUUUUUUUUUUUGUUGAUUUUGUUAAUUUAAUAAUUUGUUAUUUUUGUCUCAACUGUCAUAUUAAUUAUUACCAUACUGUGCCCUAGUGGCGUUAAUAAAUAAAUAAUAUUACAUAUUUCUUCAAAAUAUAAACGAUAAGAGACUUAUUUUGUUACAUUUUUAAUCUAGGUCAUGAGUAAGUUAUUCAUUUUUGAUUUUCUCUGUAGUUUUUUUAAUAAUCGAGCAUAAAGAACAAAAAUGUAGACAUACCAGAAAUUUUAAAAAUAUAAUGAUUUUAUUAUUUUCAAUUUGAUUUUUUCGUUAUAAUUCAGCUUAAAAUAUUUGUAGAGACUCAACAUUUUGACAGAAAAUGUAUACUUACUUUUCCUAAACGUUAUUUCAAAUCUUUUGAGCAAUUUAUAAACAUUUUAUUUUUGCGAGUUUUUAACUUAAUUUUUAUUUGGUAGGUACUCUGUAAAUAAAUUGUUAGACUUAAAAGGAAGUUAUACCCCCAUCUACUGUCUUAGUCUUAGUUCAAUUACCGAGUAACAUGCUAAAACAAUGCUUAUGCAGAAUAAGUAAAACUAGCUUAAUUUUGAUUUUCGAGUACCUAUUAUGAAAUGUAUAAAGAACAUUAUUUUGGAGGGAAUGUCUUAAGGUUUUUGUUUUGUUCAAAAUUUACAGCUCGAUAUAAAAUAUAUAUAAACAUUUUUUUGUUGUUUUCUAAAUAACUUUUUGAGUAGUUCAAAAUUCAAUAAACUUUGAUAACAUUUCCUCUAAAAUAUUGUAUAUAUGUUCCCAGCAUACCUAUCUAGAGUUUAUUAGAAUAUUCCCAGAGUGAUCGUUUGUACUGAGAGCAUAAAAAAGUUACUGUCGUUUGAAAGUGUGGGUGCUGGGGACAUGCUAACAUCUAUAAUACUCUAUAGGAUAUUGAAAAAAUAAUAUCAUUCAAAUAGGCUAGGUUUGUACCAGUCUAUUAAAAACAUUUGUAUCAAAAGUACAAAACAGUUAUAGGAGUUUUAUGUUUCUGAAGUAAUGACAGGUACCUUGGGAUAAGGUGAAGUGCUCUCUUUGAGGCACUAUUUCAAGCCUACUGUUGCUUAUAUAGUGACAUUACAGUACUGUACUAAAUACCUAUAGUAUAAUCUAUUCACUUUAAGACUGGUGAUUUAAGAAUAGGCUUCUGGUAUGAAAACGUGUGGCCAACGAGUACCAUUCUUAAAAUGUAUAGAGUACCUGUAUUAUAUUAUAUACUAUUCAAUUUGAGUAGGUAUACAAUAUAAUAGUAUAUUAUUAUUACAUAAAAGAGUUAUACACAAAUAGGUACAUCGUACCAUGAGUAGGCCAAUGUAGAUGGUGUGAAGUUUACAUUAUUUUGGUAAUAUACUAUAGGGUAAUUAAAUUUAUACAGUAUUUUAAAUUAAAAAUUGCCUGAAAGGUUAUCAAGGUCCUACAAUCUAUCGUAAACAUGACUGAUUGUACAGUAUAAUAAAAAAAAGAAUAUAUUAGCUAAUGUUUAAAAUAUCUAAAUAAAAUGUGGAGUGAUUACAAUAAUAAAAGUAAAGAAAAUUAUUAACUAGGUAAAAUUUGAUAUUUAUUUAGUUACUUAUACAAUAAUUAUUGACUAUUACUUAAAGGUAGUACUAUUUGAUUUUAUUGAAUGUACCGUAAUGUCAUUUUUAAUUACUAACUUGUUUGAAUUUACUUUGAACAUAGUAUUAUAUAUAAAACUAAUGCGUGAAUAGUUUUUACAUUAAAAUUGCUCUUAGGAAAUUUACAUAGAUCCAUGAUAUGUAGAUUACUUAUUUUUACAGUGACUAGAUAUAAAAAUCCUAAAGAAAGUUCAUUUUAAAACUUAGCUCCUCUAUCAUCAGAAAAAACCUUCCCUUGAGAAAAUUUGUCAAUGCAUAUACUAAGCUACCCAUUUUGAUCAUAGCCUAUAUAUAGGUCAUCUAUAUAUUUAUAUAAGAGGGUUAGCGAGGAAUGUUAAUGAUGUUUAUUAUAACAUAAAAUACAUAUGGGUAAUGUAAAAAAUGAAAAAUUUACCUAUAUUUUUCUAAUACCUAGGAGUUGUCUAUUUACUUGUAAUUUUUUUUUCUUGUUAUAGGUAAAUAUUUCAAAAAAUAAAUACCAAUUGUCAAUAAUAAAUACACCCAGUAAUAAUUACACAUGUAUAAAAUACAAAUGCAAAUUAGGGAACUAUAUGGUUUUUUAUACUAUAUAAAAUCGUAUUCCCGGGUUUUUUCCAAAAAACUCUAGGGGGGGAAGUGCUGGGUACAUGGACUCUACUUUUAAUCUAUAAUCAAAAUUAUGCUAGUUUUACUUAUUCUCCGUAAAGAUUAUUUUGCAUGUUACCAAGUAGUUGAACUGAGACAGAAGAUGCGGGUAGACAUUCUGUUAAUAGAAAUGCUUUAAAAUUUGAUAGGAGGUUCAUUAAAUGUCGUACUUUGUGGUUAAACAAAAAAAAUUUAAAUUAAAGAGUUAAAAUUAAAUUUUGACGAAAAUCGUAAUUUAUUAUUGUUUUUUUGAAAUGAUUGGGAAAAACCUGAAAGAAAGUUGUAGUUUAGGUAAACUGACAAAUAUUAAUGACAUUGUUUUUAUUAUGUUUACAUGAGGUUUUCCACCCAAAAUAUUAUUCCAAUCUAAAAAUGACAAGAGAUCGAUUAUGUUUCUUUCAACAUAUAAUUACUGUCAGAGAAAGUUGUUUUUUUAUAUCUAAAGUAUUUUUCAUAAUAAUUGGGGUAAACUAAAAAACAUGAAAUAUAUAAUUUAUUUUCAAAUUAGGGCACAAUGAUUUCAUUAUUUUAAAUUUUUAUGUUUUUUACCAUAAAUAUUGCUCCAAUAGAUAAAUUGAUAAAAGAUCUUUUUUGUUGAAUUUUUAAUUUUGUUGUUGAUCAAAGAAGCGGGUUUUUGAUAUUUAAUGUAGCUUUUUUAAUAAUUGAGCAAAACCGAAAAAUACAUAGAAAGAAUGGGAAAAUUUAUGAAAAUAAUUAUUUUAUUAUUUUAAAUUAUGUUGUUUUGUUGUAAUUCAGUUAAAAUAUUUAUAGAAUUAAAAUGUUGGCAGAUAAUGAUUUAAAUUUUAGAGACUGUAGACUUUGUCAAAUUUUUAGAUUAUUUGAGCAAUUAUUGAGCUAUUUGUUAGAGACAUUUUAAUUUUUCGAGUUUUUUGUGUAAUUUUUAUUUCAUAGGUACUCGAUAGAUUAAUUGUUAGGCUCAACAGAAAUUCUUAAAUAUUUGACAGGUAGUUGAUAUGUCAUACUAAGUGGUAAAAAAAAAUAAAUAAGUUUAAUGUAGUCCUUUUUUUAUGAGUUUUUAAAUCAAAUUUUGAUGAAAAUCCUAAGUUGCCUUUCAAAACAUGUAUAACCGAACUUUGUUCCGAAUUGUUUUUCUUUACCAAUAGUUUAUCAUUCAUUACAGGCAUAAAUUAAAUAACUAUGAAUCCUACUUUCCCUACUACCCACCUAUAACAUUGGCCGCAUCUAUUCCCAGUAUCAACUCUUUUUUGUUUGUUUUGAUUUUUUUCUUUUUGUUACUAAUUAGUUAAUCAUUUUUUUUUUUAUUAAUGUGUAAAAUCUUUUUAGCUUUUGGUAAUGCUAAAACUAUAAGAAAUGAUAAUUCUUCAAGAUUUGGUAAAUACAUUGACAUACACUUUAAUCACAAUGGUGUUAUUGAAGGAGCAAAAAUUGAACAAUAUCUUUUAGAAAAGUCUCGUAUUGUAUCUCAAUCACUUGAUGAACGGAAUUAUCAUAUAUUUUAUUGUUUAUUAGCUGGUCUAUCAAGUGAUGAUAAAGACAAGUUAGAACUUACUGAUGCAUCACAGUACAAAUACCUCACAGGCGUAAGUCAAUUUUUGUAAAUUUAUAUAUUUAUUAUAAAAUCAUUAUAUAAAUUGAUUAUAAUAUUAUAAUAUGAUUAUAUAAAUCAAUGUAUAAAAUUCUUUUAUUUGUGUUUAUUUUGAUUAUAAAAAACUUAAAUCUAAUAAUUUGUUUAAAAUUAUUUAUCUUAUUUUUUUUAUUUCCAAAAUCAUAUUUGUUUAGGAUAUUAUGUAUUAAAUUAAAUUUUAACUAUUGCUAAACAAAUAGUACCCAAUAUGUUUCAUAAUAUUGGGGAUUUUUUUUAAGCUUUAUCAAAUACUUAUUUCAUAUAAAAAACAAUAAAUAAAUAAUACAAAUUUUAUAUUUAGUAUUAUUAUUAUUUUUUUGUUUUAGUAGAUAUAACAAGCAUAUUUUUAAACAAAUUUUUUAGAUUUUUGUAUUAUUAUUGAAUGUUUAAUAGUUAUUUAGUUUCUCUUAAAACUAUUAAGAAAGUAAAAAAAAUGUCACCUUUAAAGUACAAAUUGUAUUGCAAUAUUAAUUAAUUGACAUCCCAUUUUCCAUAUAAGACUAUCAUUUUGUAACACUAGUGUUAUUUAGUUUAUAUCAACAAGCCAAAACAUUUAUCAUUUUUAUAAUUAUUAUUUUAUAUUUAAUUUUAAUUUUAGGGGGGAAGUAUUACUUGUGAAGGACGUGAUGAUGCUGCUGAAUUUUCAGAUAUUAGGUCCGCUAUGAAAGUAUUACUAUUUUCUGAUCAAGAAAUUUGGGAAAUAUUAAAAUUGUUAGCUGCUCUAUUGCAUACUGGAAAUAUAAAAUACAAAGCUGCAAUAAUUGGUAUUUAUUUUAAUUUAUAUUCUAUUCUAUUUUAGAUUCUGAGCGUAGGGAUGUAUUGGUUUUACAAUGAUGUUUAUUUUUUUUAUCUUAGUGAUUUUCCUACAAGAAAUCUUGAUACGAUUUUCAAGUGUAGCACGUUUUCUGAACUGAAAUUUUAUCUGGGUGGUACUUUAGGGAAGUCUUCUUUAGAUUUUCCUAAGGGUUUCAUAACAAAUGGGAAUAAAUGUAUGAAAAAUAGGAAAUUAACAAAAUGUAUUAUUUUUAAUUUUGUUUUUUUGUUGUAAUUCAGAUAAAAAUAUUCAUAGAGACUUGCAGUUUGAUUAUAACAUUUAUAUUUGCCUUUUCUAGAUAUGGUGAAAAUUUUAAAUAUAUUUUAGCUAUUUGUGAGCUAUUUAUGGACAUUUAAAUUUUGCAAGUUUUUUACUUAAUUUUCGUUUGGUAGGUAUAAUGUUAUAAAAUCGUUUGACUAAAAUAGAACAGAAAUGCUUGAAAAUGUAAGAGGAGGUUCAUUUUAGUAAAAAAAAAAAAAAAAAAAUGAUUGUAAUGUAAAAUUUUGUUUAUGAUAAUUUUAAUAUCAAAUUUGUAUGAAAACCGUAAAUAUUAUGAUCUUUUAAAACAUUUAUAAUUGAACUCCGCUCAGAAUUUUUUUUUGUUUGUUAUCCAUCGUGUGUCCAUCUUUUUUUUCAUAUAUUUUUAUAAUAAUUUUAUCUGUAGAUAAUUUAGAUGCCACUGAAAUUCCUGACCGGACAAAUGUUACAAGGGUUGCCAAUUUAAUUGGUGUGCCUGUACAAUCAUUGAUUGAUGCUUUGACUAGAAAAACUAUAUUUGCUCAUGGUGAAACUGUGGUAUGUAUUGAUUUAAAAAGAAAAAUGUAGGUAUUAAUACUAAUUGAUUAACUAUGUAUUACAAUUUUAAGAUUUCAACUCUCUCAAGAGAUCAAUCAGUAGAUGUUAGAGAUGCAUUUGUAAAAGGGAUUUAUGGACGUUUGUUUGUUCACAUUGUUAGCAAAAUUAAUAAUGCAAUUUAUAAACCAAAAGGUACUACCCGAAGUGCAAUUGGUGUUUUAGACAUAUUUGGAUUCGAAAAUUUUAAGACUAAUAGGUAAAUUUACAUUUUUUAGUUUUAUUUUUAUUGCCUAAAUUACUGAAUGCUAUAUUUUUUUAAUUAAUAGUUUUGAGCAAUUUUGUAUUAAUUUUGCUAAUGAAAAUUUGCAACAAUUUUUUGUUCAACAUAUUUUUAAAUUGGAACAGCAAGAAUAUAACCAUGAACAUAUAAGCUGGUUGCAUAUUGAAUUUGUUGAUAAUCAAGAUGCUUUGGACCUUAUUGCUACAAAACAACUAAAUAUUAUGGCUCUUAUUGAUGAAGAAUCUAAAUUUCCAAAAGUUAGUAUUUUUUUUUAUUAAUCACCAAAAUAAGUUGCUUGAAUAUAAUUUUUAACCUAACCUCACUUGUUCCUGAGCUGUUCACCCAUGUAAUAUAUUUGUAUAGAACAUUGGUUAAGAUAAACCUGAGAGUUUAAUAAAACUGUGAAAGACUUGAUGUGGUAACCUGUACUAACUUGCUGUAAAGUUUACUGAUGGGUGCAUGACCCGCUUAAGAGUUUUAGUGAACAUUAUAAUAAUAAUUUACUUAAUAACUGAAAAAGAGAGGAUAAUUUAAUUUUGUUAUCUGUAAUAAAAUAUAGAGCAUUUUCUAUAAAACCAUGCAAUUUUAAUCAAAAUAUUUAGUUUCGGAGCAUAGUAAGGAAUGUAUUGGUUUUACAAACUUUUUUUUGUCUAAUUAUACUGUGUAUCAAAUUUAUUGCUCCCAUUUAUCAAUUGUAGCACCUUUUCUGAAGGAAAAUUUUAUCUUGUUGGUAUUUCAAAAAGGUAAUUUUUUGAUUUCCCAAGUAGUUUUUCUAAUUAAUUGGAAAACAAUGUAGGUAUUAGUAAAAAAAUUAUUGCUUCCCCUCCCCGCGAUUCUAUGAACAAAUUUUUAACAGUAAUUUUACUCUAAUUUUCAAUUAUAGCACUUUUUCUGAAAGGAAAUCUGAAGGGGGGGGGGGUGACUUAAAGGAGGUUAUUUUUUUGAUUUUCUCAGCUGUUCAUAUUAAAUGAGACAAAUUUGUAAAAAGCAUAGGAAAACCUGGAAGAUAGGUACAAUAUAAAACAAAUAUUAUUAUAGAAAAUAUAUAAUUCAUAGUAACUAUUUCUCCAUAAUAUGACAUAUAUUAUUGAAAAAGUACUACUAUCAACUGAACUCUGCUCAGAAUUGUUUUUCAUUAGCAAUGGUUAAUUGUUGUGUAGAGAUAUACAUUAAAUUUCCCCGCUAAUACUUUCCCAACUUCUCACCAACAACAGUGGUCCACCUACAUGAUGUGAAGUAAGUCUGUUUUUUUAAAAAUUCAAGCUGCAUAGAAUUGAAAUAAAUAGAUAACAGUAAUCAAAAAAAGACUGACUAAAAGAGUUAUUAGUCUAUUCAACCGGAAAAUCAUAAUUUUUAAAUUUUUUUUUUUCACUUUAAUCCCUGGUAAGUAUAUAAGUAUCUAAUUUAAGAUUAUUAUCUAAGUACAUUAUAACAAUUUUUUUUAUAUUAAGUACAUUACUGACAAAACACCAAAUUCUUUGUAAUUUUCUUUCAAUCCUUGUAGAGUAACUUCAUUUUUAAGAAAACAGACCUACUUCACACAAUGGGUUGGCCACAGUUGUAGGUAAAAAAUUAGGAAGGUGAAAUAUAGUGGGGAAUUUAAUGUUUAUACCUGUACCAACAAUUAAUGAUUACUUAUUAAAAACGAUUCUGAGCAAGGUGAUAAAUUGAUAAUAUUUACAAUUUUUAUCAAAAUUUGAUACUAAAAAUUGUAUAAAAAAAUAAUUCUAUUUAAUACUUAAUUUUAUUUUUCCACAAAGUAUGACUUAUAAUGUACCAAAGUUAUAUUGUUUGAAAUAUAUCUACCUUUUUUUUUUCAAAAAAUAAUUAUGUAAGAAAUAUUAAAGUUUGAUAAAAAUAAUAAAUAUUGGGCUUUUUAAAACAUCUACUACAAAAUUUCUCUUCGAGUUAGGUUAGCAAUGAUUUAUUAUUACUAAUGAAAAUCUAUCCUAUCUUCUCAACUUUCCAUUUUCAAUAGUGAGAGUAUGAGCACUUUUUUAAUUUGACUUGUGAUGUAUUGUUUCUUUAGGGUACUGAUACAACUAUGUUGGCAAAAAUGCAUAAAACACAUGGCAAUCAUCGAAAUUAUUUAAAACCAAAGUCUGACAUGAAUGCAUCUUUUGGACUAAAUCAUUUUGCUGGUGUAGUUUUUUAUGAUACCAGAGGUAAUAUGAUAAAAUAUAUUCCUAAUUAACUAGUUAUUAAUGUAUUUAUUUUGAAUUAAAUAGGAUUUUUAGAAAAGAAUCGUGAUACAUUUAGUACUGAUCUUUUACAAUUAAUACAUAUUUCUACAAAUAAAUAUUUAAAAGUUUUAUUUGCUGAGGACAUUGAUAUGGGUUCUGAGACUAGAAAAAGAGCUCCAACUUUGUCAACUCAAUUUAAAAAAUCUUUAGAUUUACUUAUGAAAACUUUAUGCACUUGUCAACCAUUUUUUAUUCGAUGUAUUAAGCCAAAUGAGUUAAAAAAACCAAUGGUAAUUAUUGAUGGAUACGUUUUAUCAAAUGUUAAUGCGUUUUUUUUUUUUAAUUUAGAUGUUUGAUAGAGGUCUUUGUUGUCGCCAACUUCGUUAUUCAGGUAUGAUGGAAACUAUACGAAUUAGGCGAGCUGGAUAUCCUAUAAGACAUGGUUUUAAUGAAUUUAUUGAACGGUACCGCUUUUUGAUACCUGGAAUACCACCAGCACACAAGGUUAUUAAUAUUUAAAAAAAUAUGUAUAUGUUAAAAUAAUUUAAUGUGUUAAUUUUUUAGACUGAUUGUAAAAAAAUGACUGCACACAUUUGCCAAGCUGUUUUAGGACGGUCUGAUUAUCAAUUGGGAAAUUCUAAAAUAUUUCUUAAAGAUGCACAUGAUUUAUUUUUGGAACAAGAACGUGAUAGAGUUUUAACCAAAAAGAUUAUUAUCAUUCAGAAGUCAAUAAAGGGUUGGGUAUAUAGAAGACGGUAAAAUAAUUUAUCAUAUUUAAAGUACAUUCUUUUAAACAAAAAUAUUGUAAUUUCAGAUACUUACAAAUGAGGUCAGCUGUAGUUUUAAUUCAAAAACAAUUUAGAGGUUAUUCUCAAAAGAAAAAAUAUAGACAGAUGCUUGUAGGCUAUCUUAGAUUACAAGCUGUAAUCAGAUCACGUGUACUAUCUCAUAGAUUCAAACAUUUACGUGGUCAUAUUGUAGGAUUGCAGGCCCAAUCUCGAGGUUAUCUAGUCAGAAGAAUGUGUGCCCAUAAAAUGUGGGCCAUAGUUAAAAUUCAAGCUCAUGUUAGAAGAAUCAUUGCUCAAAGACGGUUUAAUAAAAUUAAGGUAUUUUAAUUGUUUAUUAUUAAUAAUAUGUUAUGCUAUGUUAUUAAAAUGUACAAAUGUAUUUUAGUUUGAAUUUAGAAUACAGAUUGAGGCUUUAAAAUUAAAGAAAAAAGAAGAAAGAGAACUCAAAGAAGCUGGAAACAAAAGAGCCAAAGAAAUAGCUGAACAAAAUUAUAGGGUUAGUUUUUUUGAAUGAUAAUUCAUAUAAGAUGUUUAAUAUAUUUAUAUAUAUAUAUAUAGGAGCGUAUGCAAGAAUUAGAAAGAAAAGAACAUGAGAUUGAAGAAGAAGAAAAGAGACAGAUGGAGAUUAAAAAAAAUCUUAUAAGUAAUGCAGCAAGGAAGCAAGAUGAACCUGUGGAUGAUAGUAAACUUGUUGAAGCUAUGUUUGACUUCCUCCCAGAUUCUAGCAGUGAGACACCUAUGGCAACAAGAGGAACAUCAGUUUUUAUGGUAUGAAUUUUGAUUAAAUAGGUACUUCUAUAUUUAUUUAAAAAUUAAAAUCUAUGCAUAUUUAUCUAUUUAUUUUUAUUUUACUGGCAAUGAAAUUUAAUGAUGCAUGUAUAAUAAUAUAAAUUUUUCUAUUCAUAUAAAAAUGUAUAGAUAUAUAUAUAUUUAUAUCAAUAUAAAAUACAUAUGUUUGAUUAUAACUUGGUUCAAUAACUAAUAGAGCUCAUUAUUUAACAUGUACAUGUAUUUUCAUGUGUUCAUAUGAAAUUAACAUUAGUUUCUAUAAAACUCUGAAUUUGAUAAAUCUGUGUACACAUGUACACAUGCAUUCACAUAUCAAAUUUCUAAAAUAUAAUAAUUAAUAAAAUAUUAAACCAAAAACAAAAUUAUUAAUAUGUUUAAUACUCCUAAAUAAAUAUAUAAAUAGAAAAUGUAAAUAUAAAAAUAAAAAAUAAAUAGAUGAAUAAAUACAUUGCAUAAUAACCCUAUUUUAAUUAAUCUCCUAUUAAAAUAAAUUGUUUCUAUGUAAAACGACCAAUUUGUACUAUGAUAAGUGAAUUAUACAGUUUUGAAUCAAAAAUUCAUCAUCCUGUAUAUCACAGGCAAAAUGUAAACCACAACUGAAUAUAAAAAAUUAAAUAAACGAAACAUGGAAAAAAAUGAUACAAACUGGUCUUUUUAUAUAAAAGUAAUUUAUUUUAAUAGGAGAGAUUAUUUAAAAUGGUUUAUUAUUAGACAUAAAUAUAUUAUGAAAUAUUAUUAAAAUUAUUUUUUUUAUUUCAGUGUGUAUAUGUAAUAAUAAUAAUUUCCCUAAUAAACAAUGAAUUUGAUUUUAGUAUCAGGAAAUAUAUACAAACUGAUGUUAUAAUAUCACAUGAUUUUCAUCACCCUUAUUCUUAAAAAAUAUCAUUUUAAGUUCUGAGUGGAGCAAAGAAGCUUAUGGUUUUAUAAAGAUGUUAUUAUUAUUUUUUUUUUUUGUGAACAACUUUUCUACCAAAAGACUUGCUCGGAUUUCUAUGUGUAGCAAUUUUUCUUAAAGGAAAUUGGUGUAGUGAGAUACAUUGAAGAGGUCAUUUUUCGAUUUUCUCAUUUUUUUUUUAUGUGUACACCUACUUCUUCUUCACAUACAUAUUCACAGUUUAAAUCAAGAACUCUUAUAACUAAUAAUGGAGAUAUUAAUGUUUAUAUUGUUAAUUGUAAAUAUUAAAUACUAAAAGAUAUUGGUUUAUAAUGGAUAUUAUAUUACUAAACUUAAAUUAGGAAUUUAAAAAAUAGAUAUUUGUAAUCUUCUAUUUUUUAGUCAUCAUUUAAAUUACUAUUUUUAUGAGGUAUCUUUUCAUCAUAUGUGUUGGUGCUUACUCAAGAUAUUGAGAUGUUUCAAGUGACUAUUCCUCUUAAGUUAUUUAAGAUAAUUUACUUACUGAGAUUUGUUUCAGUAUGUUAAUUAUGCUAUUUAUAUUAUAUUCAGUUGCUUUUUUAUGUGUAAAAUUAAUGUAAAUUAUGAUGAAUGUAGUAGAUAGCUAGAAAAUAAUAUAUUUGAUAUUAUUAUAUUAUUUAAUCAAUGAUAAUUGUAUAUUUUUUGUAGGACCUUCCUACAACAAAAACUGAUGACAAAGAUAUUAUUAAUGACAUACAACCAGUUGUUAAUGAUGAAGAAGAUUUAAGUGAAUUUAAAUUUCAAAAGUUUGCCACAACAUAUUUUCAAGGAAAUAUUACUCAUCAAUGUUCAAGGAAACCUUUGAAGCAUCCACUAUUACCAUUACAUACCCAAGGAGAUCAAUUGGUUUGCAAUUAUUAAAUAUAUAUAUUAUAUAUCAUAUAAUUGAAUGAUUUAAAAGUAAUAAUGUUCAACAGGCUGCACAAGCACUUUGGAUUACUAUUCUUCGAUUUUGUGGAGAUUUAUCUGAACCACGUUAUCAUACAAUGGAAAGAGAUAAUACUUCAGUUAUGUCUAAAGUUACUGCAACAUUAGGGCGUAAUUUUAUCCGUAGUAAAGAAUUUUACGAAGCUCAAAUGAUUGGAAUGGAUCCUGUAUGGAGAUUUUUUUUUAAAAUUUUGUAUUUAAAACUAAUAGAUAUAAUAUUUUAACUUUUUUUUUUUUUUUUUUUUUUAAACAGGAAAGUUUUUUAAAAACAAAACCUCGAUCUAUUCGCCAUAAGUUAGUAUCACUUACUUUGAAACGGAAGAAUAAAUUGGGAGAAGAUGUACGAAAACGGUUACAAGAUGAUGAAUUUGCAGCUGAUAGUUAUCAAUCUUGGUUAGAUGCACGACCCACAUCUAAUCUUGAAAAACUGCAUUUUAUUAUUGGUCAUGGUAUUUUACGUGCAGAACUAAGGUAAAUAAGUAUAUAAUUUAAACUUAUAUUUACUAUAUAUGUUGUGUUUACAUUAAAAUUAGUAUAUUGAUAUCCAUUGAUUUCCUUCUUUAAACUGGUCUUUGGAUUUAUUUUCUUGUAGUAGGUAGUCAAUUAGUUUUAUCCACUUAAGGAAAACUAAUUCUUUUAAAUAAAAUAAUUCUCAUUAUUUUCUUACUUUAUCUUCACUCUUUUAUUGUAGUUUUGUGAAUUUUUUUGGAACUUUAUACUAUUAGACUUAAAGUAGUUAAUUACUUUUACAUACACACAAGGUGUUCCAUGAAGAUACACCCCUAAAGUAUUAACAGAUUUUUUUAUAAUUGUAGUAUUUUUAGUAUGUUACAUUGCAUUAAUUUUUUAUCAUCCCUAUUUAUGAAGGUGAACUUCCUAGUUUUUAUUUUCAAAUUUACAUUAAAAAUAAUGUACAUGGAGUAUUAGUUUAAAUACAUUUUGAAUGUUGAAAUUAUUGAUUUCUAUCAAUGGAGAUAUUACAUUUUCAAGUAGUGAUGAAGCACUAUUCAAAUGCUGUCACACAAAUGAUGUUCCUCUACUCUCCCCUUUUCAAACUUGAAAGUUAAUAUCUCCUCAACAAGUUAAUUGAAAUCAGUAACUUUAAUACCAAAAUGUAUUUAAACUAAUACUUUGUUUAUGGAAUUUUUAAAUCAGGAGUAUGCCUCACAAAAAAAAGAGUGAGAACAAUAAUGAAUUUGUAAAAUUUUAGGGCUGCUUGGUUAUAAUAAAAAACCAAUUUUGAAAAAAGUUAAUACUUUCAAGAUAUAACAGUAGGUAUAUAUCUUCAUGGGACACUACAUACAUAUUGUAUAUUUUAAUUUGUACUUUAAUAUAGUAUUAAACAUAUUAAACUUUUUUUUAUAGAGAUGAAAUAUAUUGUCAAAUUUGUAAGCAACUAUCUGCAAACCCAUCCAAAUCCUCUCAUGCAAGAGGAUGGAUUUUACUAUCUCUGUGUGUUGGAUGUUUUGCUCCCUCUGAACGAUUUGUUAAUUAUUUGAGGGCAUUUAUUAGAGAGGGACCACCUGGAUAUGCACCUUAUUGUGAAGAUCGUUUGAAACGCACAUUUAAUAAUGGUACACGAAACCAGCCUCCAAGUUGGUUGGAAUUACAGGUUUGAUUUUUAUUAAUAAUUGUAAUGACAUGUUAUAUAAAUUUAUUUAUUUAUUUUAGGCUACAAAAUCUAAAAAACCUAUAAUGCUUCCUAUUACUUUUAUGGAUGGAAAUACUAAAACCUUGUUAGCUGAUUCUGCUACUACAGCCCGAGAACUUUGUAAUCAGCUCUCUGAUAAAAUUGGACUAAAAGAUCAAUUUGGAUUUUCACUUUAUAUAGCGUUAUUUGACAAAGUAUUUAGUACUGAAAAAUAUUCUGAUCAGAUAUCAUUUUGGGAUAAUAUUUUAACACAUGUGUAGGUGUCCUCAUUAGGAAGUGGCGGUGACCAUGUUAUGGAUGCUAUAUCUCAAUGUGAACAAUAUGCUAAAGAACAAGGUGCUCAAGAAAGGAAUGCUCCAUGGAGAUUAUUUUUUAGAAAAGAAAUUUUUGCUCCUUGGCAUGAACCUACUGAAGAUCAAGUUGCUACUAAUUUAAUAUAUCAACAAGUAGUACGAGGUGUAAAAUUUGGUGAAUAUCGAUGUGAUAAGGUUUGUGUUAUUUAAAAAUUAUUCAAAUUAAAUAUUGAAAAAUUGACGUUAAAUAUCGAACAUUGAUUCAAAGGAAGAAGAUUUAGCUAUGAUUUCCGCACAACAAUAUUACAUUGAACACAAUACCGAUCUUAAUACUGAGAGGUUAUUAAAUCUCUUACCAAAUUAUAUUCCUGAUUACUGUUUAACAAAUGCUGAAAAAUCAAUUGAAAGAUGGAAUACUUUGAUAAUUCAAGCCUACAAAAAGGUAAGAAAUUUACAUUUUGUUUUGCCAAAUAAUAUUAUCAAAUGUAAUUAAGUAAUAAUUAAUUUUGUUUUUAAACUGGUUGGCUGAAAGAAUUUUUAGAUAAGGUUGUGGCUUUUCAGUUUGAUUUAACAAUCACAGUGGUUAUGGGCUGGAUAAGUUUUUUCAAAAACAUAGAAAUAUAUAAUUUUUAUAAGGUUAAGGUCAAUGGAUGAGUUUUGCUUCAGGGGCAGUGAACAACUGAGGUAGGUGAUGGGUUAUGUGUGAAUAUCUACAAACUUUUCAAUAGUAUCUAUUUAUCUGCAUGAUUAAUUGCAUGUGCAUGUUGAAAUUAAUACUCAUAUGGCAAACAGUACAAUUACAAAUUUAAAUUUGUUUUGUUUUUAGGAGCAUUUUAAUUGUUAAAUUAAUUAAUAAUUAGGGCCUAUAAUUUUAAAUGUUCUAAAAAUAUUUUAAAAAAAAAAAAACAAAUUUCUAAACACAAAUCAAAAACGACAUUAAAAAUAUCUGGUUUCACAAUAAAAAUGUAACCAAAUUUAACAAAACUAUGAGAUACAAAAAUAAAUAUCUUUGUUUUUUUAUACAUAUAUGUUUUUAUUUUUUUGUGACUUAAAAAAUGACCUGAAUGAUUUUAAAAUUAAUUCUUAAAUAUAGUGAAAAUGUAAAUAUAUUUGGUCAGAAAGUAUACAAAUUAAUAACUAAAUUAUAUGAACAAAUGAAUAUAUGUCAUGCAGUUUCCCAAAGAAUGACAAUAAUCAAAAAAAAUAACGAUAUUAGGAACAUGCCACUGGUAUAGGUAGGAUACAUAAAGUUAUUUAAUUAAUAUAUAUAUAUAUUUAAUUUAUAUCUGUAAACAAUGGUAGAAUAUUAAGGAAAAACUAUUCCAUUCUGAGCAAAGUUCCAUUAUACAUGUUUUGAAAUUACAUGAUUUUUAUGAUUUUCAUCAAAAUUUAAUCUUAAUUGAAACAUUACAUUAAAAAAAACCUAUUACUUCAUGUUUAAAUCUUUUAAAUUUUUAUUGCUAAGUACAACUUUUAAUGAAUCAAUACCUACCAAAUAAAACAUAAUAAAACUAUUUGAAAAUGUAAUUAAUGUUAUUACAACCAUCACAAGGAAAUAUUGAAAAUUAUACUAUGUCUAUAAAAGGCCAUUAUAAGUAUUCUAUGAAAUGUAAUCUUUAUGAUAUUUAUCUUAAAAAAUAAAAUUAAAAAUAAUAAAACUGUUAUUUCUGUAAACUUUCUGUUGCAUAAUUAUUUAGAAAACUACAAAAGAUGGAUAAUUAAAAAACAACCUUAUUCAUCAACUAAACAUAAUUCUUUCAAAAACUUUUUUGUGCAAGUUUUGCCGUAGAAAAAUAUAUUAUAUGAUAACAAUUAUUUUUGGGGCAACUCAGACAGUUUCUGAACAACUGUGGAUGUCACUCCUGUUGUCAUGAGAUACAUUUUCGUUUUUUAUGAAUGCAAUUUGUAUGCAGCCAAAAUUAUAUAUUAUUAUUAUUCCCUUUUUUUUUUUUAUACUGUGUUCAAAAAUUCUACCAGAAAUCUUGCUCAGAUAUAUACUGCAACAUUUCUGAAACGGAAUGUUGUCCAGAUAGUACUUUUGAGAGGUCAUUUUUUUGAUUUUUCAAGUGGUUUUCUUAAUACCUGGAAAAAACUGGGAUAAAAAGUAAGAAAAAUGGAAAAUUUAUGAAAAUGUUUUUAUUAGUUUUAGUUUUGUAAUUUAUUGUAAUUCUGUUAAAAAUAUUUGUAGACUUGAAAUUUGGACAGAAAACUUAUAUUUGCCUUUUCUAAAAAUAGUAAAAUGUUUAAAACAUUUUUAAGUUAUAAUUUUAAGUAAAUAAUUUAGUUAAUUCUAUUUUUAAUAAAAUAACAUAAAAUAAUUGACCUGUUAAUAUUUCCAUGACAAAUUAAACUCAGUAAACAGUAUCAUGAAGUUAAAGGAAAAAUUAUAUUGCUUGUUUUUGUAUUAUGAUUUUUAUGAUGCUUAAUUUUACAGUUGCUGUAUUGGGGAUCCAUCACUUAUCACCCUAUAACUAUAACCUGUAACUAAAGAUUGAACUAUUGUCUUGACAUUUAUUUCAAAAUGAUAGAAAUGUAAGACAAUAAAAUACUUCAAUAUAGUUAAUAUAAAAAUACAAUGUAUACAAUUGUGGUAUUAGAUCCAUUAAAAACGUUUAUAUGAAUAUUUAUUAAUUUAUUUUCCAUACUUCUAUUAUUUGGCUUUCUACCAUAAUGUCUGUCAUAUACUACUAGUGGUACAUGUACUACACUUUGAGAACCCUUGGUCUAUUUAAUAUGUACUUCACACAUCAAACUAAUUUCUAUUAAUAAAUAGUUAAGUUUGAUAAAUGCAGUUUUUGCAGGCAGAUGUCCUAUGACUAUAUUUGACUAUUUUUACUAUACAUUUUCCUCAAUUAUUAUAAAAUCGCUUGGGAAAUUAAAAAAAUCACUAAUGUGCACAAAAUAGUUUCUAAACGCAUUCAAAUACAUAACAUGUAAUUUUUUAACUAGAAUAAGAUUUUUAGUAAAUAAGUUAUUUACAGACAGGAAAAAAAAAGCAUACAUCAUAGUAAAGUCAAUACCCUUUUUGCAACAUUCAGAAUCUAAAAUUCAAUAUAAAUUGUCCCCUAUCUAUUAUAUUUCAAGAAACAGAUUUUUUUUUAAUAUGAGCAAUGUAUUAGAGUAAAAAAAAAUGUUCUAGGCCCUAAUCAACUGUAUUUUAAGAAGAAGCCUUAUCUGCAUGUUCUGUCUCCAUCAUACAAUCAUGUGACAAGAAUAUUUGUGUACAACUUUGUGCUGUUAGUUUUAAUAUUAGGGUCUGUUGAUCUUUUUAUCGAAUAAUAAUAUGAAAAUUAUUUGUACUUUGUUUUUUUCAAUAAUAAUAAUUAUCAUUUUCAUAACAAUUUUAAGGGAGAUGAGUGUGUGAAAUAUUAAGAUAACAAAAUUAAAAAAUUAAAAUAAAACAGUGACAACACAGAUUAUGUUAUUAUCUCAUACUCUGUAAAAAUAUCAAGUCUAUGGUUUUUCUGAAUUUCAACAAAAUCAAAAACAACAAAUAUUGGUAUUGUUAAAAUUUUCCCUUUUUCCCAAUUAUUAAGAAACUUAAAUAAAAAAAAAUUAAAUCCCCAAUGCACCAACUAUGUUAAAUUAGCUAUCAAAAAACAUCUCUGAAGUUGAUAAUCCUAGCAAAAUUUUUGGUAGAAAUGUUCACUGACAAAAACAAAAAUACACCAUAGUAAAACCAAUAUAAACCAAUGUAUUCCUACUAUACUCAGAAUUUAAAAACAUAACUAAAUUGCAUGUCUUUAUAUAGUAAUAGUAUACUAUUAAUUACUAAUGUACUAUUAUACAGUAUGUCAGUGCUGAUAGAAUUUUACAAAAGUCUGUUAUUCUUUUUAGAUUAAAAUAUAUAAUUGUUUAAUUUAUUAUAUUUUUUUUUUUUUUGAGCUUUUUUAUAGAAUGAUUGUAAUAGAUAAUUUAAUAAUAUAAGGGUUAAAUUUAAAUGUAUUAUACAGAUCUAUAAAUGUUUAUAUCCAGAGUAAAUGUAUAGAAAGUAAUUUAUUUAAAAAUUAUUUUGCAAUUUUUACAUAUAUUUCAUUUCUAAAUUACCAAUAUAGACUAUUCUAUUCUUCUAUUAUAUAUUAUUAUUAAAAUUAGUUGUUUUACUUUAACAUUUAUUUUUAUGGUUUUUUAUCAGUGGUUGUAAUUUUUAUUUUAUUAUAUUUUAACAAUUUAGAGUUAUUAUUUGAAAGAAAAUGUUGCUCAUUUGAGAGUAAAAGAAGAUGUUGUAAGCUAUGCAAAGUUUAAAUGGCCAUUGCUGUUCUCAAGAUUUUAUGAAGCUUAUAGAAACUCAGGUAUAGUAUAACAGUAUUUUAUUUUUUAUUUGAAACUUAUCAACUAAUCAACUCAUUGAUGGACGCUUAAGAAUUUAUUUAUAUAACUAACUGUAAAUGAAGUUUUAAAUGCACUUUUUAUGUUUAUCUAGUGGUUUUUCUAAGCAUAAUAUUAUCUUUGAGCAAAUUUGUGAGUGCCUAAUAUUUCAAAUUAUUGAACCGAUAGUAUAAAUAAAAUUUGGCACUCCUUGGUUAUCACCAUGGUAAAAAUAAUCAGUAACCACUAAGAAAAAAAAAAAAUCGAAUUAACUAAAUUAAAUUUCUCUGUUAUCAAAUUUUUGAACCAUUUUCCAUUCCUGUAUUCGCUCAAACAUUAAAUGAAUGGUUAAAAUGAAAAUGUUAAAGAGAAUUAAUUAUAUAGACUCAUGAAUUAUAAUUGCUUAUUAUGAACUUAUUGUAUACUAAAUUAAUUAUGUGAAUAUGGUUUAAAAUGUAUUUUUAAAUUUUAUUUAUUUGUCAGUUAUCAUUUGAAUAUAGAUUUUUAAAUAAUUGUGUUUAUGUUUGGGAUCUUUGUACCCUAUAUUUGUAUUUUUUUACAAAUCUAAUUUAUUUAACUGAUCUCUGAUUAUGAUAAAUGAAAUGGUUAAUUAAAUAUUUAAUUAUUGAUAGGAAAAACAAAGAUAUGAUGAACCCGUAAAACUUACAAAAAAGUUUCAAAAUAUAAAAUAAAAAUAAAACUUGUAUUUAUAAAUUCAAUUUUAGUAACAAUUAUAAUAUUAUUUUAAAGUGCAUAUCUAUUGUCAAUAGGUCCAAAUUUGCCAAAGAAUGAUGUAAUUAUUGCUGUUAAUUGGACUGGUGUUUAUGUUGUUGAUGAUCAGGAACAAGUUUUGUUAGAAUUAUCAUUUCCUGAAAUAACUACUGUAUCCAGUCAAAAGUAUAUUUAUUUUUUUUAAAUUAUUUUAUGUGAAAUUAAAGGGCAGUAUGUCCUAUAAUAAAAUAUAAUUAUACAUAGAAAUGCUAUUUAUUAAAUACUAUUUAUGAUUAUUGUAGCAAUAAAUUAGAUUAUCUUAACCAUUUUUUAUUCUAGAACCACUAAAGUUUUUACUCAAACAUUUACACUUUCAACUGUGCGUGGAGAAGAAUUUACAUUUCAAAGUCCAAAUGCUGAAGAUAUCAGAGACUUAGUAGUAUAUUUCUUAGAGGGGUUGAAAAAGCGAUCAACAUUUGUUAUUGGAGUUCAAGAUUAUAAAGCUCCUGGUAAAUUGUAUAGAAACUAUUCUUGUAUGAAUUGUGCUUAUUAAUUGGUUCCUAUUAUAGGAGAAGGAACAUCAUUCUUAAAUUUCCAAAAGGGUGAUUUAAUAAUUUUGGAAGAUGACAGUACUGGAGAAACAGUGAUGACAUCUGGCUGGUGUGUUGGGUACUGUGAGAGAACUGGCGAACGAGGCGAUUUUCCUGCUGAAACAGUUUAUGUGCUUCCAACAUUAUCCAAACCACCAGUAGAUAUAUUGGUAUUUAUACUUGAUUGAUUUUAAUAUUUAUAUAUUAUAUAUAAAAAAAUGUUAAUUUAAAAAAUAUAUUGAUACAAAGUAUUAAUAAGUUUUAUUUACUCAACUACAGUCCGACUUGGUUAUCUCAAACUUCUUCUUUAACUCAAAAUACCUUGAACUUUUUUUCAGGUUCCUAGAAUUUAAUAUUUAAACAAUGUGAAAAAAUCUUGUUUAAUUCGAAUAUUUUCGUGGAUAACUCGAAGUUUUGAGUUUUAUUAAUAUUAUAAAAUUGUGAUAUUUCCUUCAUGUACCUAUGUAUAUAUUUUAAUAUCGAAAAUAAGGUCAUUACUCAUUAGUGUUAUCAUUACUGAUAAGUGGUUUAUCUAACUGGUUGUCUACAUGACAAUGAAUGACUUCAGUAUUCAGUGCUCUGUAUUCGGUUCAAUAUGAUGGUGAUUAUACAUAAUUUUUCACUCAUAAAUAGCGUGUUAAAAAUGCUAAUAUAUGAGGAAAAAGCAGCUAUUUGAUAGCUAAAGAAUUUGAUAUUCCACUAAAAUUUUUGUGAACUUAUUUUAAAAAUAAUAAAUAAUUUUUUAACCUCAUUUUUAUUUAUACAUAUAUAUCUUUAAAAUUACAUAUACAUAAUUCAUAUAUAAAUACAUAGUAAAUAUUUUUUAUUACAUCACUUUAAUUACAAUAAAUAAAUAGGAAUCAAUAAAUUUUGUACUGUUUUAAAAACUUUUAAUUUAGAUAACUCAAACUUUUUUUUCCUGUCCCUAUAACUUCAAGUUAACCAAGUUCAACUGUACUUAGUUUCUUACGCCAUCAUCAGGUUGCUGAUAAAAAAUGUUAUUUAGUGGUUCACAUAAAACAAUUAAAGAAAAGGAACAAUAUAAAUUUUAAAAUUAAAAUAAACAUAGUUGUUAUAAUACCAUACAAGUGUGUACAUAUUUUUUAUUACAAGCCGAUGAUAACAGAGAAAUUUGAUUAGAUUAUUACUAUUAUUAUGAUCUUUAAUAAUAACCAAAUUUACAAACCAGUCUUCAAAACAUAUCAUUAAUUAAAAAAUAUCAACAAUUAAAUAAUAUCAUUAAUUCACUAAAAAACAAAAUCAAUAUAAAUCAUAAAUCAAUAAAUUAAUUUAUUAAAAACUAGGUAUUUAUAAAUUACAAUGUGAAUGUAACAAAAUAUUUAUAGGUAAUAUCUAUGGGUAAAACAGAUAUAAACUUUAAAACAAGAUUCAAAGAACAUACACCUGAAAUUAGAUUAAAAAAGAAAAUUCCAAAUCUUAAUUUGCCAAACAUGUAAGAAAGUAACCACAGCAUAACAAAUAACAUUGAAAAAGAUUUAUCAAUAAUAUGCACACAAAAAGAAAAAAAUUUAGUACUAGAAAGUUACCAUAUUCAUAAUGAAAUAAAAACAAUAAUUUCAAUAAUUUAUUAAAUUUUUUAACAGAUAUUAAAAAAAUGAUAUUUUAUUUUCUUGUCUACAAAAACUUAAAGAUGAUAAUAAUAGUGAUAACAUUAUCUAAUCAAAUUUCUUUGCUAUCAUCAUUUUAUUAUAGAAAAUAUGUACACACUUGUAUGAUAUUAUAACGAUUAUGUUUAUUUUUAUUUUAAAAUUUAUAUUCUUUUUUUUUUUUUAAAUGUUUUAUGUGAACCACUAAAUAACAUUGUUAUUCAGCAACUCGAUGAUGGCUUAAGCCAAAACUAAUUAGUUGUGCAAAUAAAACUUAUUAACACUUUUUAUCAAUAUAAUUUUUAAACAAAAUUUUUUUUAUAUAAUAAUUAAAUAAAAGUGUCAACAAAUUUCAAAUUAUAUAUUGCAUUAGGGUAGAAUGAGCCAUUCACUAUUUGAAAUUGCAUUAAAAUUGUAACAUUUUUAUAAAUCUUAUAAAAAAUGUUUAUGUAACCAUAAAAUAUUAAACCAAAUUUACGAUAAAGAAACAUGUUAAUUAUGCCAGUUUAUAAUUUUAAUAUUUAUUCAUUGAAUUUAUAAUUUAUAGGCAUUAUUUAGUCUGGAAGCUGCUGAAAAUAAUCGUAAAUUGUAUUCACAACCAAUAAAUGGAACAGAACCUAGGGAGAAGCCUCAUAAUUUAAUGGAAUAUGCUAUAGAUUAUUUUCGGUUAGUAUUGUCAAAAUCAAAAUUACAUUAUUGAUAUUUUACUUUUACAUAAUUUGUUUGUAUUUAGAGCUCCAGCAAAGCGUACUGUAUCUAAAGCAUUAACUUUAAGUUCAGCAAGGCGUACUAACAGUGAUGAUUUAUGGAGACACACAAGAGAACCAAUGAAACUGCCAUUGUUAAGGAAACUUGCAGGCAAAGAAGAACUGGCAGAAGAAGCAUGCUUUGCAUUUGCAGCUAUGUUGAAGUAUACAGGUGAUUUGCCUGCCAAGCGACGUUUGCCCAAUGAAUAUACUGAUCAAAUAUUUGAUGGACCCUUGAAACAUGUAAAAUAAUCAUUUUGUACUUACAAGUUUUCUUAACAAAUUUCAUUUUAAAAAUUUUAUUUUAUUUAAGGAAAUAUUAAGAGAUGAAAUAUAUUGUCAACUAAUGAGACAAUUGACAGAUAACAAGAACAGAUUAAGUGAAGAAAAAGCAUGGGAAUUAAUGUGGUUGGCUACUGGUUUGUUUGCCUGUAGUCAAAAUUUAUUAAAAGUAAAUUUAUUUGUUUUAAAAUUGGUGGAUAAAAUAUCUAACAAUCAUAUUUGAAUAGGAAUUGAAUUUAUUUUUGCGGACAAGACGGCAUCCAAUAUCACAAGAUUCUUUACAACGGCUGCAAAAGACUAUACGAAAUGGACAAAGGAAAUACCCACCCCAUCAAGUAGAAGUUGAAGCUAUACAGCAUAAGACCACCCAAAUAUUUCACAAAGUAUUCUUUCCUGAUGAUACUGAUGAAGCAUUUGAAGUAGAUUCAUCAACAAGAGCUAAAGAUUUUUGUACUAAUAUUUCACAAAGAUUGACAUUGCGGUCCAGUGAGGGUUUCAGUUUAUUUGUAAAAAUUGCUGAUAAAGUAAUAUCUGUUCCUGAAGGAGAUUUUUUCUUUGAUUUUGUUCGCCAUCUUACAGACUGGAUAAAAAAAGCCAGACCUACUCGAGAUGGUUGGUAAACAUUUGUUGAUAAACAAUAAUAAUUAAUAUAUUUAAAAACAAAUAUUCAUAAUUGCUGUACAUUCUAAUUUUGUUAUUUUGUUUAUAGGUACGGCACCACAGUUUACUUAUCAAGUAUUUUUCAUGAAAAAAUUGUGGACAAAUACAGUACCUGGAAAGGAUAGGAAUGCAGACUUAAUAUUUCAUUUUCAUCAAGAACUCCCUAAACUUUUACGUGGUAUGCAUUCUUAAAAUAUUGAUAAUGUAUUUUUCAGAGGACUAUUGUAUUAUUACUUGGCAUUGUUUGAUUCAUAUAUUUUGUAUUUUAUUUUAUUAAAAUUGAUUAAUAUUAUAUUAUGAACAUUGCAGGAUAUCACAAGUGUUCAAAAGAAGAAGCUACUAGAUUGGCAGCAUUGAUUUAUAGGGUUCGAUUUGGUGAAAGUAAACAAGAACUUCAGGCCAUACCGUAAUUAUAAAAAUAUAUUACAUACAAAUGUGGGCAUUAGGCAAGAUCAUUUUAUUUUUAAACCACAGGCCACACUUAAAAAAUAAAUAAACUCAUGAUUUUAUCAGUUAUGUUUUAUCUUUAAGUAGUAUGUUCAAUUAUUGUUUUCAGUCAAAUGUUGCGUGAACUAAUUCCUGGAGACUUGUUUAAAGUUCAAAAUUCAGCUGAAUGGAAACGAAUGAUUGUAGCGAUAUAUAACCAAGACACAGGUUUAAUCAUCAGUGUUAAUUCAUUUUCACCGAGUUAUUGAUGAAUGUUUGCAUAUUUUAUAGGUAUGAGUGCAGAAGAUGCAAAAAUUACAUUUUUGAAAAUUAUCUAUCGUUGGCCUACAUUUGGUUCAGCUUUCUUUGAAGUGAAACAGACUACAGAACCAAAUUAUCCAGAACUACUUUUAAUAGCUAUCAACAAGCAUGGGAUUAGUCUUAUACACCCACAAACUAAGGUAUGACUUGAUUGCCCUGAGUUAUUCCUCUCUUGAUAAAUGUAAAACAAAUAAGUAAGCUAUACAUAAAUAAAUAAAUCUGGGAUAUUAAGAUCUAAAUUCUCUUUAAGUCUUACCUAAUCCCUAUAAGAUAAUUAAUAAUUUUUCAUUACUAGAUAAUAAUAUUGAAAUAAUAGCUAACUAGACAACUUUCAAUAAAACAUAAUGUAAGUAGUACCAAAUAAGACAAAAAAGAAAAGCUCGUGUCAAAUGGCAAAUCACAGGUUACCCUAACGAUAAGCGGAUCUUCAAUAACCUAACCAACAAACUUAAAAGGCAACUCCAAAAUCACAAAAAUCAAUCCUAUGACAACUACAUCUCAAACCUAAAUCCAACUAACGGCUCGCUUUGGAAAACAACCAAAAAAAUCCUUAGACACAUCGAACCCACUCCUCCAAUCCGUCGCCCCUAUAACUCUAAAAUUAUUGAGGAAAUUAUUGNCACUACCAGUUUCUAUGCCUGCAAAACCCACUACCCCAAAUGAAGUUUUCUUUUAUAUAAAACAUUUAAAGACUGGCAAAGCUCCCGGUCAUGAUUUGAUAACUGCCCCACUUUUAAAACAACUACCUCCCAAAACAAUAAUAUUUUUAUCAUAUAUAUUCAAUUCUAUACUCCGUCUUUCUUAUAUGCCAUCUAUCUGGAAACAUGCUCAAGUAAUACUCAUUCACAAACCAGGAAAACCUCUCGAAAACCCAUCCUCUUACCGCCCUAUAAGCCUUCUGUCUGUCGUAGGAAAACUAUUCGAAAAAAUACUCCUAAAAAGAAUUUCAAAAAUUGCCACAGAUAACAAAAUUAUACCCGAUUUCCAAUUCGGCUUCAAAUCUAAACACUCCACAAUCCACCAACUGCAUAGAGUCGUCGAUCAAAUCUCAAAAGCAUUCAAAAGCAAAAAAAAUCUGCAUUGGUAUUUUCCUAGACAUCGCACAGGCUUUUGACCGAGUUUGGUACCCUGUCCUACUUUUUAAAUUAAAAUCCUUUUUGCCUGCUCCGUACUACCUACUAAUCAAAUCUUAUCUAAACCAACGAACAUUUGUCACAAAAAUUAAUGGCGCCUUAUCCAACUCUCAAAUAGCAACGGCUGGUGUUCCCUAAGGCAGUGACCUACCUCUAAAUGAAAACGCACUACUCGCAGAUGACACUGCUAUUCUUGCUACUGUCAAAGAUGCCGCCCAAGCUGCCUAAAAAAUCCAAAACCACCUAAUUGUGCUAAACACCUGGUUUCUUGACUGGUAAAUCCAAGUUAAUUCAUCAAAAUCCUCUCAAAUUACAUUCACACUUCGAUCCUUAGAAUGUCCCGCAACCUAUAUCGGCAAUGCUCAAAUUCCAUCUUCCACACAAACUAAUUAUUUAGGUUUAAUUCUUGACAAACGUCUUACAUNAGAACAAUAUACAUGGCUCUCCUAAGACCCAUGUGGUACUAUGGCAUACAACUUUGGGGAUCAGCCAAACCCUCUAAUACUCGAACAAUCCAGGCAUUCCAGUCUAUUUGUCUACGUCUAAUAUCAGGUGCCCCUUGGUAUAUUACCAAUGACUCACUUCAUAAAGACAUUUGCAUCCCAACCUUAAACAGCCUUGCCAAAAUCACCUCCAAAAAAUGCACAAAACAUUCAGUACUCACUCUAAUCCUAUAAUCACUCAACUUUCAUCCAAUCAAAUUCCAGGUAACCCAACCAGGCGCCUGAAAAGGAACUGGUGUAGGACCUACUCUCUCCUUAAAUCGCUUUCCACAGGGUGCUGCCACUGGGCGACUUCUCUCAUGCCAAUCAUCUCCACAUCACAUUUACUUAUUGUAUUACAUGUAAAUACAGAUUGUAAAUAUAUAUUGUUAGUUAAAUAAAAAAAAAAAAGUAGUACAAAAUUCAAAGAAAAAAACAAUUUUCAAAUUAAUUGAAUUAAUAUUAAAGUUAUCUGUAGGUAAUAUUAUGAAUGUUAAUUAAUUUUAUGAUCAAAAAGUUGAAAUGUAGAUUAAAAUACAGUCUAUUUAAAUAUAGUCAAAUAUAUUCAUAAGGAAUUUCAAGAGAUAAAUGAUAUAUUGUGGUUAGGUGUAUAAACUAGAAAAUAUGUAUAUUAGAAUGUCAGUUAAUUAUAUAGAAAGAAUAUAUUUUUGUCAAAUUAGAAGAGUGCCCAGAAAUUUGUUCCAGUGCUUCUAUAAAUAUUGUCUGGAAAGUUUGAGAUUGAUAAAACAUAAUUAAUAUUUGUCAACUUACCCUCAAAGUUUUUUGUUAAUUAUAAAAUGUCAAGUUGUGUUGUAUAUCUUCUUAAAUUUUUAUUUUACAAAAAAUUAUAUAAAAUCAUUAUUAUAGUGCCAAUUAUUUCCUAUAAAUAAUGUAUCUUUACUUAUUUUGUCAGUAGAAUUACCCUUACUCAUGAAAUAUAUAAUAUAUACAAAGCUAAUGUUUAAUAAAUAAACUAGAUUUUAAGAUUUUUUGCAAAUAACUUAUUUUUUGUAGAUACAUAAUCAAAAUAUUUUCAUAUAAAAUAGUGGUGAUCAACUAUGGCCUACUUAUUAAAUCAAAAUUGAAAAGAGAAAAUAACUUUAAAUUUUAAAAAUUAACACUGGCAUUAAAAAAAUAUGUAUUUAUAUUUUACAUUUUUUUCUCAUUUAUAACAAUUUAUAUAAUAAGUAAUUAAAUAUAUCACUGUACCUAUUUUAACAUGUACCUACAAUAAAAUACUUAGAAGUAAAAGUUUAAAUUCUUGGUCUGCAAAGAAUUAUUAUUUUAUUUUUUUAUAGCCCUUUGUUAAAAACGCUGGUCACCACAUAAAAUAAUAAUAUAAUAAAUACAAUUUAUUCCAUUUGGAGAAUUACCACCUAAAAAAUGUAUGAUAAACUUUAAGAACACUUUAUUAUUAUCUCUCAAUAAUACAUUCAAUAUUGUAUUAUUUGCAAAAUUUAGUACAGUAUUGUUAUCAUCUUCUAAUAAAUUAAUAAUUAUUGCUUUAUCGAUGUUUCCUGUUAAAUAUUUAUUAUAGUUUAUUUCAGUCCACUUUGCUUUAAAUCCAUUAAAUAAAAGUAUAUUUGACCUAAAAAUCCAUUAAAUGUUACACUUUGUAAAUACCGUAGCUAAAACUAUUAAACAAAUAUGAUGUUUACAUCCAAAAAACAAAAUUUUUCAUCCUAUCUUUUGUUCAAGCAAACCACAGUAUUCAAUCUUCCAGUAUUUGACACAGUUGUAUCAAACAGGAAUGCCUGUACUUUAUCUGUUAAUUAUCUAUUAAAUAAUAUAUUGUGCAAGAUAUAAUGUAAUUCUUGAAUACCUAAUAAUUGAUCCACAUUUAAACCUGUUUCUAUGAUCACUAAUCUAUCAAAUAAUUUGGUAUUGUAAUAAAUUAAUAUAGACUCAAUAUUUAAAUUGUUGAAAUAUUCUGUUACUUGCUUAUUAUGUGAUUUGCUUUAAAAUUUCAAAUUGAGGUUCUGUUUCCUGUGAGAAAUUGCUUAUUAUGAAACUGCAGAUUAUAAUACAAAUUACAUUCUUUUCUUAAUAUCCUAAAGCAAUGCUUACCAAGCAUAAAAUUUAUUUCAUAUAUCAACCAAUUAUAACCAAAAACUUUUUUUAUUUAAGUGCAUUAAAUUGUAUUUUUCUAAGCUAUUUUCUUAUUUUAUAGAGCAUUUAAAUUUACAUCCUUAUUACAUAAAUAAGUAUAGACCAGGUAUUACCAGGUAUUUUUAGAUAAUAAUUUCACUAGUUGGGGUUAACUCUCUGAACAAAUAUAAUGUAAUAUAUUUUUUAGGAAAUAAUUAGCACAACAAUAAUGGUACCAUUCAAUUUUUUGGAAAAUAAAAAUUUAAGUAUUAAUGAAAUGAAGUGUGAAAUUAUAUAUUUUUUCUUAAAAAUUUAAGCUUAAGUCCCCACAUGUUUAUUAUGUUCAAUUGGCCUUAAACUUUUCUGACAUUAUAGAUUGUUAUGUGAUAUAUUUAUAUUUAUAGAUGCAUUGGAUCAAAUUCUACCUUAAUUAUAAAUGUAAUAAAUUAUAAUUAAUGAAAACAGAAUAUAUUUAAGCAAGGUACAUCAGUGUAUGCAAAGUAUAAAAAUAAAUGAAAUAAAAAAUGUAUUUAUUUCAGGAAAUAUUAGUGACUCACCCAUUUACGAGAAUAUCAAACUGGUCAUCAGGUAACACAUACUUCCACAUGACAAUUGGUAACUUAGUCAGAGGGUCAAAGUUACUAUGUGAAACAUCGUUGGGUUAUAAAAUGGAUGACUUGCUAACAUCAUAUAUAUCAUUAAUGUUGUCUAAUAUGAACAAACAGCGAACAAUAAAAUGAUCAAACAUACUUAAUUGACUACAUUUAUUAAAACCAGUGUUUUAUUAUUUUGCUUAUAGUAUAUUAUAAUAUAAAUAUUAUAUUAUGUUAGGAAUGUAGUAUAUCAACACUUAUGUCAAAACUACUGUUGUUUAAUUAUU